AUGACGAUUCGAACAAACAUCACGCACGUCCUCAAUUUGGCGCACGAUGUCAAUUUGAAGGAUGACUUCCGGGAGAUUUACACUGAAUACAAUCGCGAGCGAGGCCUUCCCUUCGUGUACAAGAAGAUAAGUUUCGGUGACACUGCAGAUCAAAACAUUUUGCCUGAGCUGGAUGGCGCGUUGCAGUUCAUCAAGGAAGCUUAUUCUUCCAAUGAGCAGCAUCAUGUCCUGGUGCAUUGUGCGCAAGGCGUGUCUCGAUCGGCAUCUGUUGUCCUCGGGUAUCUUAUGAAGUACGAGCGGAUGAGCCUCCGCCAAGCAUACGACCAUGUUCGAGAGAGGCGAACAGAGUUUGUGGAUCAGCUCGCACACUUCGAGUGUCAACUGUUUGAGCUGGACGAGCCGACAUUGACCGGGGCCAUCGCCUUUGAAGGUCGCACAUUGCUCAACUUAGAUGAUCCGAUGCCAAUGCUGCAAGAGGGCCAGAAGGAAAGUGCCAGUGCAAAGGAGCCGCAGCAAGCAUCCGCAGUUCCGCAGGAUGUCAAUGAGGCCGAGAACGACAUGGUCGAAGAAGACAUCUCAAACAAGCCUGCGAGAACGGCGGCUCUGUCUUACGAAUCUGUGUCCGAUUGGUACAAGGACGAGAACCCAGCAGACAGUCCCACCAAGACCACUUCCGAGUGGAUCUCAGGAGGCUGCGUUGCGUCGCAGAUUCCGAUCUCAGCGACACUGUUAGCGCUUGCCAGCCUGGGAUACUCGCUCACGCAAUCGGACUACAGCACAUCUGAGCUGACAGAGGUCUCCGUUCUGGAUGCCUUUGCCGUGGUGAGGGGCGCUGUCCUUAUCACUUCUCAGAUGUACUCACAGAAUCGCAGCACAGACUCCAGGAAGAAAGCAGAGGUAGCAGCAGCACUAGCCAUGGCACCACAGCUGCAUGAAUUGCCAGACUCAGUGGUGCAAUUGCUCGUGAUAUGCUUGGUAGACGCCGCAUACGACUGUGACAUCGCAUCGAAGCACUUUCGGGCGCAUUUCAAUGGCAACGACACUGCUGAAGAGUUUACAGCGAGCGCAAUCAGGAGUAUUGCUAGAGAGAUGGCGCAUGAUGGCAGCUUGCAAUUCCUUCAUGCUGCUUUCACUUCUGAGAGCAAUGCUGCGAAAUCAGCGUCUCCAUGCCCUCAGCUGGAGUUCAAGCCAGCACCACGCGUCAAAGCGUCUGAAGGCGGGGGCGAAGUGGCCAAAGUCAGCACAUUGCCUUGGGUGGCGCUCACCGAAGGCAUUCUAGUGCGGUGUCUGGAACAUCUUGGUCGUUCUGACGGCACCCGGGCCAUGUACACUUGUCGUAGCCUCCAUGCUGCUGGCAUGGCCGUGACGAGCUUUUGGCUCCAGGUCGUUCUCCUGGAGGAGAGUAUGGCUGGAGAGCCUCGCUCGUCUGCGGCCGCUCGAUUUGCAGCUCGACUCGCCGACUUUGCGGCGAUGCGGUCCAACGAGGUGACUGGUCUGGCACUGCGCAAUACUGCCGUCAACUCCUGCUUCAGACAAGCCGGCGAGAUGCUUCUGCGCUCGGACGAUUUGCAGAGGUGUAUGCUGCAGAAGUCGUUUAGCAUGCUCGGUCGAUUGAUCUUGCACUCCUUCGGUAUGCAGGAGCUGUGCACCAUUACCAGCCAUGGCAGGCUUUUUCCAGCUCUUCGUCGAUUGGACCUAAUUCAGUGUUCCCUGUCCAGCGAAGUCUUCAGUGAACUGGCAGCACUCCCAGCUUUGAGUGGACUGGGCAUUUGGGGGCUGACACUUGGCUGGUACCAGUCUAGGUCCACACGGCACGUGUGGUGUGAGAAUCCGAACACCAUGCACCCCGGCAAGGAAGAAUACGCAGAUGAUGCUGCCUUCCUCUUGGCCAUCUGGGCUGCACACCAUCGAGGAGCUUUGCUUGGAUCCAGUCGAAGCAGCUGGACCUUGGCCUUCUUUCCAAGGCCAAGGCAGGUGGCACGUUUGCGAGCAAUCGCAUCUGGGAGCAUGGCAGGUGAGGGCAGCCCUUCGCGUCUACAUCUGCGGACAACAAGGCCGCGCUUGGCACUUCCGGACGUGAGCAACCCCUUCGUCGAGGCGUUCGCUCUGCUGGACAAGCAUGUGGAUGAGAUGCUAUCGGCCCUGCACUGCCUGCACGAUCUCGUCCUCGGCGGCCAUGUCAAACUUGGCUCUGCCAGCAUGGCGAGAUUCGCAGCAUACAAGGGAAUGCGGCGACUGAGCUUGGCGGGUUGCGACGGCCUCGAUGGUGAUGAGAGCUUCCAUGUAUUUUCAUCCCAUGCUUGGCAUGGCCUUGAGAGCUUUGAAGCUCCGGGCAGCCGAUGUUUCAAGACCGAGUCCAUGCAGUCUGUGCUACCCCAAGGGUGCCAUUGCAGUGCGCCUGCUUGCUCCACUGACUCGUCGGGAACGUCACCGUCCCGUUCUUUAAUUGCUGUUUCGGAACAAGCCUGGGGAUCCCAGCUAGCGCCAGUUAGCGCUAUUGCGCAGUGCAGCUAUGGCAGCUCAACUGAAAGUCAACUGCAGAGAUGUCGAGCCGCUGUUGCUGAGCCAGCUCGUCGACCGAGGCUCGACAUUGCAGCCUGGGAAUCUCAUCGUCACAAAAACGUCCAAUGGAUAUCAUACGACAACGUAUUUGGAGCACCUGACCGCGUUGCCACGCUGAUGUGGAACACUGCUUGGCAUUACGAGUGCUACCAUGCCAUCCCGUGUAUGGGUGCUGUCCUCCAUACAUUAAAUCUACGACUGGGUCCAGCCGAUCUUGGGUACAUAAUCGAGCAUGCGCGUGACCGCAUUAUCUUCUCGGAUGCAGACAAGCUUGACCUCCUCGCGGAAGUGGACAAACAAGUUAUGGCAAAGGUCGAGCUUUUGGUUUGCCUUGGGGAUGACGGCUUACCUGGCAAGUGGCAGCUGCCGCCAGGAUUGCAGGGAGUCGAUGCGAUGGACUAUGAGCAGUUUCUGAGCACUGGCACUGCAGACUUUCAGUGGCCUGUCUUCGCGGAGACCACGACAAUGGGCCUUUGCUACACUUCAGGAACCACUGGCAAGCCCAAGGGUGUCGCCUACAGCCAUCGAUCCACUUUUCUGCACACGCUGAUGAUGGUUGGAGCGGACCAGCUUUGCCUUCGUGGAUAUGAGGUUGUGCUCCCUUUCGUGCCCAUGUUCCAUGUGCUGAGCUGGGGGACACCCUUUGCCAUGCUCAUGAUCGGUGCGCGAGCAAUCUUCACAUCUAGAUACAUGGAUCCUGCCACAUUGGUGAAGAUGAUGACGGAUUGGAAGGUGGACAUCUCCCUUGGUGUGCCCACUGUCUGGCAAGGUGUCAAAGCUCACAUCGAGCAGCAAGGCGUGGAGAAGAUCCGCCAAGGCCUGACCUUGAAGAGGCUCACCUGUGGCGGAAGUGCACCGCAGCCUGCACUGAUGCGGUGGUUCUACGACACGCUUGGAGUGGAGUUCCUGCAAGGUUGGGGCAUGACAGAGACCAACCCGAUGGGUUCCUUUGGGAUCAGGGUUGCAAAGCAUGCGGACAAAGAGAAGAGCGUGGAUGACACCUUCAAAAACGUUGUCAAGGCUGGUCUUCCACUUCCGGGAGUACAAGUGCGAAUAGCCAACCCUGACAACCUCGAUGCCGACAUGCCACGGGAUCAGCCCGGAGAGUUGCUCGUACGGGGACCGUGGAUCAUUCAGGAAUACUUCCAAGUGGAUGCACCAGACAAGUUCCACAACGGUUGGCUUGUCACUGGAGAUGUAGCCAAAAUUGAUGAGGAGGGAGCGGUCGUCAUUUGCGAUCGCUCCAAAGAUGUUGUGAAGUCAGGAGGUGAGUGGAUUUCUUCGAUUGAUAUGGAGAACAUGAUAAUGGCCAUGCCUGAAAUCGACAUUGCCGCUGUGGUAGCUGUGCCUCACGCCCGGUGGGACGAACGGCCAGUAGCUGUGGUAACACUCGCGAAGGACAGCAGUGCGGAGAAUCUCUUAGACCGUGUAAGACGGCAUUUGUCUUCCGCCUUCGCCAAGUUCCAACUUCCAGACGACGUCCUAGUGUGGGAUGCGAUUCCGAUGACAACAACCGGAAAGCUCGACAAGAAAGUGAUCCGAGGAAAACUUAGCGAUGAGAACUACGUUUUGCCGUCGGAGCGGUCUCCGCAGUCGAAGCUAUGA